AUGGAAGCAUCGGGCUAUGUUGUUGACGAUCGUCUCACUAUCAGAUGCGCCUUGACCGUCAUCAAUGAUCCAUAUGUUAUCGAGGAGGAGGCCCAUGUUGAGGAGGAGGCGCCACCAUCGGAAAUCACGGACCAACUCGGGAAGCUACUAGAGGCAAAGGAGGGCGUGGAUGUGACAUUCGAGGUUCAAGGAGAGAAAUUUCCAGCCCACAAGCUCGUGCUAGCGAUGCAGUCCCCGGUUUUCAAGGCGAUGCUCUAUGGGCCGAUGAUGGAGAAGGAUUCAAGCCGCAUCGUCAUUAACAACAUGCAACCCCUUGUCUUCAAGUUUCUUCUCCACUUCAUUUAUAACAAUUUGUUGCCUGCAGAUAAAGUCAUGGGCGAUGACUUGCUGGAUGAAGACGAUAAGAAAGAGGUAACUAGACACCUGCUUGUGACUGCGGAUCGGUAUGGCAUGGAAAGAUUGAAGCUUAUGUGUGAAAGCAUCCUCUGCAAAGACCUCGAUGCCGAGUCCCUUGCAACUACAUUGGCUUUGGCCAAUCAACAUAGUUGUUCUCGGCUACAAGAUGCUUGCGUUCGAUUUAUUGCAUCAUCAUCUACUAAAAUAGAUGAUGUGGUGGCAAGCAAAGGGUACAAUCGGCUCAAAAAAACUUGUCCGGAUACCGUAAUGGAGAUGUGGGAAAAAGCAAGUAGGCUCCGCAACCGCAAAACCUAG